AUGAUUCAGUGUGCCUUGCUCGCCCUGGGGGCGGCUAUGCUCCACACCAACAACCCAGUGUGGUCAGGUUUUGGCAGUAAGCUCGGUCUUUCUAGCACCCUUGUUGCAAACCUUCACUGGUUCCUCAAGUGGGCGUUUUCCGUGUGGGCUCUUUUCGAAGCGAACUGGACAUUAAAUCGCUGGGCCGACAGGCGAUGGCGUUUUUCCACCGAUAAAAGCGUCUGGGACUGGAAGCGUGAGGUAGCUGUUGUGACUGGAGGCUCAGCAGGCAUUGGUGCAUGUGUUGUAAAGAAGCUCGUUUCCUAUGGUAUCAGGGUCGCAGUCCUGGAUGUUAACCCCCUGUCAGAAGUCUUUACUAAAGAUGAACUCGCUCUUAUUCGAUUUUACAAGUGUGAUGUCACUUCGCAAGACAACAUCCACCAGGCUGCGGAAGCUCUACGCUCCGAUCUAGGCCAUCCAUCCAUCCUGGUCAACAAUGCCGGCAUCGGGAACGCGUGGAGUAUUCUCGACAUCCCCUACGCCCGUCUUCAGAGCAUGUUCAACAUCAACUUAAUGAGUCACUGGAUCACUGUACAAGAAUUUCUGCCAGACAUGAUUAAGAAGAAGAAAGGUCACGUAAUGACCGUCGCAAGUCUCGCUUCCUUUGUCACUGUAGCCGGUGCUGUCGAUUACAGCUGUUCCAAAGCCGCCAUCCUAGCAUUUCACGAGGGGCUUACGCUAGAGUUGAAGCAUCGGUACAACUGCCCUGAAAUCCUGACUUCCGUCAUCCACCCCCACUGGACAAAGUCAGCCAUAACAGCACACUCGGCCCUUGCAAGCGGACUGAAGAACAUGGGUGGCCAGCUAUUAGAAGCAGACUAUGUUGCCGACAUCAUGGCCAAACAGAUCGUCGCCGCGAAGAGCGGGCAGAUAGCUAUUGGUCCGCGAUUCGUGUCCAGAUUGCGUGCUUUACCUACUUGGCUACAAGAGAUGAUCCGUGAUAGCCAGGCCUACAUUGUUACUGGUAGUGGCUCAACAAGGAAAGGGUAGCUGCAUUAGAAGUCUUUUAGGUCUGAUAGGGAUGAAUUUGGACGGUGCUCAGCGGUUGCAACAGACAUAGACGCAUGGAGCUGGAUAAGGAAUGCAAGGCUGUAAUCUCGAGAGUUCGUAGGCAUCUCGUCACUGCGUUAUAUCUCCUUCGUUAAUCUCCAAGUUUGUUUCUAGCAAGCUAGAGUCAGUCUGGCUGGUGCAGCAGCUUGACUCGGCCAACUCAAUAUACAAUGUCGAUAUCUUUGCAGCUGGUCUAACAACCAACGAA